AUGUGAAAUAAAAAUGGCAGAAAAAAGCGGUGGUGAUAUCACUUUGCUCAAUGCAAAAGAAAUUUGUAUUAAUGAUAAUAGUGAAUUCAUCAAUGAGAGUGUUGAAAAGAUUUCAGCUUUACCUUGGAUUCGUUGCAAUGAUAGUGCAACAUUAACUGAAAAUCCUGCAAGAGCUACAGCAGAUUUAAAUCCUGGAGAAUAUGUACUCCAAACCCUUUUUACAGAAUUUACUAUUCUUGCACAAAAAAAAAUUGAUCGACUAAUGACAGAUCCAUCAGAGCGGCCUUUAUCUAAGUCUCUUCAAAGAGGAGAGGAUCCACAAUUUGAUCAGCUUCUAUGUUCAUUAAGUUCUGUUGCUGAACAUUGUCUAUCAUCAUUGCUAAAAACAUUGUUUCUUUGGUAUGAAAGGCAGAGUUCUGGUUGUGAUGAUGCAACACCUAGAAGUCCAAGUCGAACUCGAAAUGGAACAGAGUCUCCAAGACCUGGAUCAAGAGCUUCAUUUAAAGAGAAAGAUGUAAUUUUAUGGGAAAGACGAAAUAUGUCAGUAGAGUUUAUCUUUUGCUUAGUUCUUAUUGAAGUACUGAAGCAGUUAACUAUUCAUCCUGUUGAUGACCAACUUGUUCAGUAUAUAGAAGAUCUUGCUUUUAAACACUUUAAGGAGCAUAAUGUGGAUGCGUCAGCACCAUUAGUUGUUUGUAACCAAGGCAUUAUUACAGCAUUAUAUGCUGAAGUUAUUGGUGUACUUGCACAAACACGGUUUCAGUCUAUUCGAAAACGUUUUGUGAGUGAGUACAAAGAAAAUGUAGGUAACCCACAGAUACUUCUGAACAUUACGAUGGGCUUGAAAUUCAUUAGAUUUAAGUUGUAUCCAGUGGAUGAAGUAGAGGAGUCAUUUAUGUUUUUACAGGAAUGCGCAACAUUAUUUCUUGAACGAAGUUUGGACAAAGAGGUGAAGUAUGCAUUUGCUAACUUGUUUGUUGAGAUUUUAAUACCUGUGGCUGCUCAAGCAAAACGUGAAUAUAAUAUUCCUGCUGUAAAGAAGUUUGUUGAUCUACUUUAUAAAGAUGCAUUUGAUAUGUCCAAAAAAGCAAAACAUAGCUUGGCAAUAUACCCACUUGUCACUGCCCUUUUGUGCAUCAGUCAAAAACAGUUUUUCCUAACCAACUGGGGACAGUUCUUAAAUAUGUGUUUAAGUUGCAUAAAGUCAAGGGACAGUAAAAUGCAGCGCAUGGCAAUGGAAUGUUUAUAUAGGCUUUUAUGGGUGUAUAUUAUUCGAAUCAAAUGUGAAGCACAUACUAUCACAAUAAAUCGAUUACGAAGCAUUGUUGACACUUUAUUCCCAAAGAAUUCAAGAACUGUAUUACCAAGAAAUAUUCCUUUGACAAUAUUUGUCAAAAUUAUUCAAUUCAUCGCUCAGGAAAAGCUUGAUUUUGCAAUGCAAGACAUUAUUUUCGAUUUGUUAAAUAUUGGAAAAUCUGUUAAGCAGCUUAAUCCAGAAAGAAUGAAUAUUGGACUUCGUGCUUUUUUGGUAAUUGCUGACAAUUUACAACGUAAGGAAGGUUCUCCACCUAUGCCUAGUACAAUUGGCCAUUUACCUUCUGGUAACACUCUCAAGGUAAAAAAAACUUUUACUAAAUUAACAGAAGAAGCUGCACGUAAUAUAGGUGUUGUCACUUACUACACUAGUGUAAGGAGAGCGUUAGAUACAAUUUUAAAAACCUUAGAUAGCCAAGUUGGAAAAAGCAUGACUUUAAUUAAUCCCCAAAUGGUUAACAAAGAAGUCAAUGAUUUUAUUAGCGGAGAACGUAAACCUAAAAUAGAUUUAUUUCGUACUUGUGUUGCUGCUAUACCAAAAUGUAUACCUGAUGGCAUGGGAAAAGAAGAGCUUGUGGAACUGAUAUCCAGAGCUACACUUCAUGUGGAUGAGGAAUUGAGAAAUCUUGCAUUUGCAGCUUUACAAGGAUUAAUAGUGGAUUUUCCUGAGUAUCGUCAUGAUAUAAUAAAAGGCUACAUUAAUUUUACUCUAAAAGAAGUACCUGAUUCUUUUCCACAAAUUAUAGAGAAUUCAAUUCGAAUGCUUGCGCAGCUUUUGAUCCAGUGGAGGAAUGCAGUGUCUAUGCCAGCAGGAAGUAAUACAGAUAAGUAUCUUGAAAUGUCAAUGCACUGCUCUAAGUCACAGGCAGAUAGUGAACUAUCAUCAAUACACACUCUGCAUGCUACUGAAGGAUUUGCUUUAGCUAUGCUUUGUAGCAACAAAGCUAUGAUCAGAAAAUUAGCUUUUACUUUGUUAAAAGAAGUUCGAAUUCUUUAUAAAGCCUUAUAUAAUGAAGGCAAAGAUGAACUAGUUAUAGAUGUUUUAGAAAAUAGUGCUGCGUAUGUAGUGGAAAAAGCACUUGCUAAUGUAUCUGGAUAUGAUAAAUCUUCACUGGGUUUAUCGCCACAUAUUGAUUUACAGUUAUUAGCUGAAAAGUCUGCUUUACUUGCUGAAAAGCAGGAACACAAUAUAGCGAACACUAUUAACAAAGAUUUAUGGUCACAUUGUUUAUCAGGCUUUUUUGAUAAAGUUUUUCUUAGUCAAAAAAAUUGCUCUUGUAUGUUUCAUUUUACAUGGCCCUAUAUAAAUAAUCGAAUAUUUGUUUUAUACUCAACAAUGGAUCCUAAUGCUGACUUUGACUCAAUGAAAAGUCGAACUUCUGUUAUGUCUUUUCGAGCACCAAGAGUUCAACCAAAUCUUUCAGAUGUUUGUCUUUGGAGAAAUUAUCUUAUUUAUCUUUUUUGUGCUCCACCCCCGACUGUGUUAGUUUCAAAUAUUUCAACAAUUGCUUCUAUUUCAUCUAAUGAUACAGAUAUAAAAACCGAUCAUAACAAGCUUCCUCCUGACUUUGUAAAGCUUUCUGACAUUUUUAGAACUACAGUUCUUUUAAUAAAGAGUGAAAUUUUUGAAAUAAGAGAGGCGGCUGUUAUUGGACUUGGAAAAACCAAUCCUCUUGCUCAUCCUCAGCUUAUAGAAGAGUUGCAACCUCUGAUAAGAGAAGUACUUGAUAAAAAAACUGAUGGUGUUAGAAAAAAAAGAAAAAAAGACCUGCUGCGUUUGCAAGUUGCUAGAAUAAUGGCAGCAAAUGCAGAGCAGGGCUGCUUUCGCCACAGUUUAUCUCAGCCUGACAACAAAGGUGUUCUACAUUGUCUUGGAGAAUAUAUUGAGGGCAUGAGAAGUAUACUGGAACAAGAAAAUGAAAAAGACGAUGGAAAUUUAAUGUUGCUUCGAUUAAACUUUUCCAAAUUUUUGCACAAAAUGAUCAAAAGUAUACCUAUUUCAAUGCAAGGCUCACUUUUGAGAAAUCAAGGUAGACAUCACUUGUUUUUAUUACUAGCUGGUUGGUGCGGACAUUUUAAUGUUAAUAAUUUGGGUACAACAACCCAAACUGGUCAUCAUAGUGUCGAAUUAGAGUUCUCUGCAUUAGAAGCAAUGUGUGCAUUGUUGUGUUGUGGUCAAGUUUUUGAUCAAAAGGCUUUGACUGUUUCCAAUGGUUAUCUUUAUAAACUAUUAGACACCAUGUUUCAAUCAAACAAUACUAAUGUUACAAAGUUAGGUCAAGAAACUGUUGAACUUCUGUUAGAAAAUAAUGAGAGCAUACCUGCUCUUUUAAAUUUUGUUGUUGAUAGAUGCUACACAGGAACUCGUGGCAUUUCUAAUGGUUGCUUUUUAGCUUUAGCUAAUGUUUUCAGUAAACAUUCAUAUUCAUGCCAACUCAUAUCUUUGCUGUGUGUUGUUAUUUUUAAAACUGGGGAUCCUUGCCAAGAAAUAAGCGAAAAAGCAGCACAACUUAUUUACAUUCUUGACAGGCGGUUUUUUGGUUACAUGAUUCCUUUUCGAUCUGGAUCUUCUGAGUGUACAAAUGGAAACCAAACAUUUUCUAUGCAUCUUGCAUAUACUCAUCCAGAGCUUACACUGCCUCUUAUAUCAGAAAUCACAUUACGUUUUGAAACUGCAACAAUGGUAGGACAGAGGUGCUUAUUGUAUUUUCUUUCUCCCUGGCUUGAAAAUAUUGAGCUAGUUGAAUUAUCAAGUACUCCUGUAUCAUCAGAAACAGGAGAAGCAUUAGAUUUAAAUGAUAUUCAUACUCCCACUCAUACUCAAAUGUUGAGACCAAUAGUUUUACAAGGUGGUGGUUGGGGAUCAUCACAAGCAUCACAGAUGGUCUUAAACAACUUGUUUUAUCUGACUGUAAAGUAUGAAGAAUUAUACAGUAAAGAAAUUGAAAAAUGCUGGUCAUCUUUAUGUAUUCAUUGGGAGAAUAACAUUGCACGCAUUAUAGACUACCUUAUUAUAAUGGCAGGGUUGUGCGGCACAUCUGUUCUUAUUCAUGCUAAAAAGAUUUGUGUUUAUCUUGCAAGAACAAAAAGUACAGCCACUGUUUGUCACCUAACAGAAGAAAUAAAGCUUACUGAUGUAGUUUCUAACUCAUGGGACCGAAUCCCUUCUCCUCCUUACUUUAGAUGUUUAAGUAAGCUUUUCUCUCCCAUCAAGUUGAGUUCACCACAUUCAAGUAGUUUGACACAAAAGCCCCAAGAAGGAAUUAAAGAGGAUGAAAACACUUUGAUUGACGCAAACAGUUCGACUUUAUUAAUAAAUCGGUUUGGAAAUGAACGAUCUUCAUUUGGAUCUUCUGGAAAGUCUUUUUCAGAAAAUGUUUCAGAAUCUGCAAAAGCUAGUCAAAUUGCAGCUUUGAUUGAGCAACAAAAAAAAGCUGCAGGCUCUUCAGAGAUGUGGAUAUAUCAAUGGGUUAUGAAAGUUGAUUUAUUAAAAGGAGAUGGAUUGCCAUUACCAAUGCCUCAUAAGUUCCAAUAUUUUGCUCCAAUAACUCAAUUAUUUCCUCUCACAUCACCCCCUGCUCAAUUGUACAGAUGUAACUUUGCUUUGAUGUUACUUACGGAGAUAAUUUCAGAUCAAAGAGAUAUACCAUGGGUUGAGGAUCUGCCUUUAUUGCUUCAUGUUAGCUUUCUAGGGUUAGAUCAUCCUAAGCCUCUGGUGUAUGAGAGUUGCAAGCGAUUGAUCAUUAAUUUAAUAGUAGUGCUAGUAUGUAGCAGUGAUCAUUCAACAAUUGCAAAGGCACUUAUGGAUUUUCAAACCGUUUCUUCAACUGUGUUAAGCCAGAUUGCUAGUUGCACAACUGUCCCAAAUGAUGGAGAUUUAGGAACAGAAGAAACCUUAGGUGCCUCUGGUGCAAAUGUUGAAACUAGAGUCAAUGGUCCAGAAUUAGAAGAAAACGGGAUGAGCAUAUCAGAAAAAGCUAGACAUGUAAUUGAGUAUCUGGCUAAGAGUGGGUGUAAACCGUUAUGGACCUUUGAAGACAUUACGCCUAGAAACUGUACUAUAAAGUCCUCUAAUCAUCUUGAAUCAUUCCUACAUAUUAUAAUUUCAUUGUUUGAUGAUGCCUUGCCAUCAUCUUCGUUACGUGGUCGUUGGGGUAGAGAGUCUUUGUAUUGGGCAACAUCUUGCUCAUCAAGACAUUAUGCAGGAAGAUCUUUUCAAAUAUUUCGUUCUUUAAAAGUUCCUUUGUCAUGGCCAAUGUUGUCAGAUAUCUUACAGCGCCUUGUGGAAUCUGUUGCAGAUAGUGGUGAAGAUGUUCAAGGUUAUUUUAUGGAAAUCCUUCUUACUUUUUUGGCUGAAGUAGACUAUGCAUUCAAUCCUCAUCCAAAAUCUAUACUUAAGGCUUCAUUUGUUUUACCUGACUCAUUUAAGUUUAGCAGUGUUAAAGACUUAUCAGUUUCAAAUCUUCCAGCAGGGCAUCAUCGAAGAUCAAGAAGUACAGAUUGCAGUCACGAAUAUAAACGUUAUAGAUCAUUAAGUGAUUUUAAAGUCAGCAUUUCAGAUGACUUUUCUGAUACUCCAACCGUAGAGUUUUCUGAGAAUGAACUACCACAAAGUCCUUAUGACAUACUAGCUCGAUUUUUUUGGAUAGGUGUAUCUUUACUUGAGUCAGAUUAUGAGCAUGAAUUUUUGCUUGCAAUAAAGCUUAUUGAUAAGGUGUUUGAUAAAUUAAAUUUGGAAGACGCAAAAAGUGUUGAACGUGUGGAGAAAGUGUUUGAUAAAAUAAAUUGGUUAAAUUUUCCAGGACUGCAAAGUUUACUUUUAAAAGGUUUAACUUCAUCUGGUACUGCUGAACAAACACAAUAUUUACUUUCAAAAUUAACAACAAUGAAUUCUAUUUCUGUAAUCAGUCCUAAUUUGACCUUAGGACUUUCAUUAAAUGUUAUAUCACUUUUGCCUCGUUUGAUUAAUUCAUUUGAUGCACCAGAUGAAUUUUGUCAGGUUGCUGCACUAAGAAUUGUUCAGGCAUGUGAAAGUAAUUUAAAAUUAAAAGACCUUGCUACUUUGAUGGUCAUGUAUAUCAAAAAAGAAUAUUCAAAAAGUGUUCACUUUUGGAUUGAAGUUGUUUGUAAAAAUCUUGUUGAUGCCUUUCCAAAUUACAGCGUGCAACUUCUUGCAUUGCUAGUUGAGAUGCUAGAACAAGGACCUCCAAUAUUCCAUCAGUCUGUUUUGAAUAUUAUAUGUGCUAUUUUGAAAUAUUCUGAUGUGACUUCUCCAGGAUUGAAGCAAUUUCAUAGUUAUCUACUUCGGGUCAUUACUUCUCAUGUUAAAGACGUGAACUUAUGGAAAGAGUCGUUGAAUAUUCUAAAACUAGUAGUUUCCAACUCGUCACACAUUCAACAAGCACAUCAAUCUUUUUUGCGUACUACAUCUUCACAACUUGUACAACCCAGGGGAUCAUUGGGCUCUAUUAUUUCUCUUGCCCCUAAGCCAUCACGAGUUCAUAGCAUGUCAUUUGGAGAAAGUUCUUGGUCUCUAUCAUCAGAUAUGUUUAAAAAAGAUCUGCCUGGUCGUACUCUUGAGUUUUCUUUUAAUGUUUCUAAUACCCCAGUUAUUGGUGCUAGAUAUAAUUUAGAAGAAUUAAAGGAUCAUAUUGAAGCAACACCAGGUGCAACAACAGCAGCUCCAUGUUGGAGAAAGCCACAUGGUUCACAGAAACGUACAAGAGAAAGGCUUGUGCAGCUGCUUCCAAUGUGUGGACACAAAGGCGGUUUAAAACAAAGUCUUUCUGUUAUCUUCAGUUCAUCAAGUGAACUGGACCUAGAACGAGCUAUGUCUUCAGAAGAUGGAUCAGGAGAAGAACCAUUAGGAGAAAACAUUGAAGUUGAUUUCUCUGGUCAGAGACUCACAAACAUAUUCACAGAUUUUGAUUUCUUGGAUGAUGAGCUUGAUAAAGAUAUAAUGUUGGAGGUUGGAACAUUUGGUUGGACAUCUAAUUCUGAACUUGCAGACGAAUUUUCUGAAUGUGGUCAUAUAUCUCCUUGUGGUAGCGAAUCUGAUAAUGUUACUUCUGUCAAAGAUGAUUACAUUAGUGCUGAUGAAGAGGAAGUAGAUCUGCUACAAAAAUCUUUGCCAGAGUUUUCUUUGAUCUCACUGAAAGAAGAGCGAGAAGAAGAAUUAGAAUCAAAAGAAGAUGACAGGGAGGAGGAUGAAGAAGAUGAAGAUGAUAUAGAAAAAAGAAUUACUUUAGAAGAAGAUCAAGAUGAUACAGAAAGUCCAACAAGUCUUCCAUUAGAUCCUGUUGAUUCUGAGACAAGUUGCUUAAUGAAAACAAAUGAUGAAAUUAACAUUGGAAUCUUAACAAACUUGUUAACAGAUCCUGGUGAUAGUUUGUUAACUGAUAAUAGUGUUGAUAACUCUGCUGUUGAUCAUGUUGGCAUGGUUUUUUCACACACAGAUGAGAAUUAUAGUUUAACUUCUCAAUCAAGUCUGGACUCAAUUCCUCCCAUCGAAAAUAUCACUACUAUUGCCUUACCUGAACCUGUCUUAUUGGAAACACUCAAAUAUGAAGAAAUUCCGAAACUUUGGUCUAAGUUUGUUCGUCAGUUAGUAAGCCACCCAUCUGUAGAAGAAGCAUUAGAUUCUUUUCCUUGCUUUCCAUUGAUUUUGAAAGCAUGGAAUAUGUGGAUUAAAAGUUUGAUAGAUGACGCGCAAAUGUUUUUUCGUUUAAUUGGCGUGAUUGAUAUUGCAGGUAAACUUUCGUUGGUCAAAGACGAGCUAGAAAAAAACUUCAAGGUCCCGUAUUUGUUUGUAGAUGAAGAGGUUUUUUCGGCGACAAAACUUCUGUCAAAGCAUCGGUUAACUACCCUUAAAUUAAAUGUCGCUCUACAAUGUCUUCAAGAGAAGCGGCAACUUGCAAUCCAACAACUUGAAAUGCUUCAGCAAAGCUUCAAAGCAAAAACUAUUUCUAGUGAACAAAAUGAUUUUUUUUUUCAUUCAAAUUUUGAAGAAUCUGCAGUACACGAUCUUUGUCUAUAUUUGUAUCAUGUUCACAUGCAGUACAUCCUAUGUUUAGAGAUAUACUCUGCUUAUAUUGAAAAGACUGUUACCAUUGUUCGUAACACGAAUCAACACUCUGACUUAACAACCGAUCUAAUAAGCAUGCGUAGUGAGUUAAUAACGACGCAAAAAUCUUUGAACGAUUCAGCAGUUUUAAGAGAUACCGUCAGGACUGCUACAAACUCGGAAGAUAUUUUUAAUGAUGCAAAGGACUCGGUUGGUUUAAAUAAUGUUGCAGAUUUUAACGGUACGGCAGAGUCUCCAGACACAUUUACCAAUACUUCAAAUAAUGAAAAUACUUUUACAUUGUAUAGAGAUAUAUCUAGUAUGUUAUUAAAUGCAGUUGCGAACCGUCAGUUCGACGAAGCGAUUUCGAUAAUUCGCAGUUUUAGAGAAAAUUAUCAGAAUUCAUCUAGUUUUGAAGUAAAACUUGAAGAAGAAAUUGAAACUAUUCUAUCGAUUUAUGCUAAAAACAUACUUAAAUCUCGUUCGGGUGUCUUUGCGUUACUUGGAUCUUACGACCAUUUAGUGACGCUGUGCGAUAAACUAAAUGAACUUUUAGCGGAUUUUUUAUCUUCUGCGUAUGAAAGAUCUGAUGCUUCAGAGAUUCUCAAAAAAGAACAACCAGAUGUUUCUUGAGCGCCGUUAAUAAAAUUUCUUGCUUUUUACUUUUAUAUAAACGCCUCAAUGUAAUAUAAGCUUUUAUUAAUGAAUAUUUAAAUAUUUUAUAUUUAA